UAACAUAUUAACGUGCCUAUAUCUAAGGUUCAAGCACGUCUCUCCCGGGCACGAUAUCUGACUUCGUCAUUGACUGGGUCCUUGACAGAAGGUUAGGGGAGGGGGUAGACAGAGUUUGAAAUGGGCAGAAUUUUGAAAAUAGCAAUCAGUAAAAAAGUGUAGUAUGGGUCGACCCCGUUUCCUAUUUUUUCUUAGAGUAGGGUGGUCAAUCUUCCAGUGCUGCUAGGACAAUCAUUUAUUGUGUACAAUGUAAAUAAACCCAGAUUGUUGAAUAGCCGAGUCGAGAAUGCACUAGAACCCAUUGUUAUUUUUAUACAGACUUUACUAACGACAAGUUGCAUGCUACUACCACUAUAUAAUAUUAUAAUUUACAAUAGAUUCAGUAGAUCCACAACAAAUACACAGGUUUUUAUUUAUUUUUUUAUUUUUAUUUUUAUUUUAUUUUUACUAAUUCUCUUGGCAGGAUCGGAGACAUAAAUGUUUGGCGUUCCUAUGAAAUGGCCGCAGAUGAAACAAUAUAGUGGACGUAGUGAAACGGAUGACUGAAUGGAUUUUUAACGACCCCCAGCACAAAAAUACACAUAGGCCAUUGUGUAUCAAAGGUGAAUCAAAUACAGCUGUUGAUUGCAUGGAUGGUGGAUAUCCUGGACAAAGUACAAAGUUAACCUGUACAAUAACUGGAACUAUAGUCUCUGGAAUCAUUUGGUUGCGACCAAAUGGUGGAUCACCACAAGAGGUGGUAGUGUGUAACACAGCUAACACGAUUUGUGAACCGUCUGGAGGUAUAACUGGUUACAGUGCUGUUAUUGACUCGCGCUCGCAGAUUACUCUCACCGUAGAGUCUUUCAACACUGCAGUAGAUGCUGGAGAAUGGAUUUGUCGUGAUGGACCAGUAGGUGUUCCUUCUACAUGUACCAAGACUUUAUUAAACGGUCCGGAUUCUGUUACAUUCAAUCCACCACCACCUCGGUAUGUAACAGAAGGACACAGUCUGACUGUGAUGUGUGCUGCUAGUUGCAAUCCACCUUGUUCCUAUUCCUGGACUCUGGAAAAUCGGCUGAUCUCAUCAACUUCUCAGUUAACACUGACAAACAUCAACAGGAGUCAGACAGGGAAUGUGUACACGUGUAAUGUGACCAACUCUCUUAUACCGAAAUCUAAAACUAAACAGUUCACACUGACAGUAUACUAUGGCCCAGACAGUGUCCAGCUAAACUCGAGCUCUCCACUGACGAUCCAGGAAGAUAACAAUGUAGCUGUGUCAUGUGAAGCGACUGACUGUUCUCCAUCCUGUUCUUUCACGUGGAAGUUUAACUCUCGGAUAAAGUCAACUAGAUCUGUGUUGUCCUUAAUUAACAUACAGAUAUCAUCAGCUGGUGACUACACGUGUACUGCUGUGAACACAAACGCAAUGAAAGCAGCAGACAAGAUAAUUACUCUAGAUGUUCAAUACCAAUCUUCCAUCACUUCUCUGACCAUGAACUCGCUGUCUACCAAGGUUACAGUUGAUGAGCUAACUCCUAUGACUCUGAGAUGUGAUGUUACCAGUAAUCCAAGAUCUGACAUCAAACUGUUGAACAACUCACAGACUCUGCAUGAAGUGACAAACUCUAAACAGGUUGAGUACACGUGGAACGAGGCUGGAUGUCUGGAUACAGGACACUACACGUGUGAAGCGGGAAACAAGAUCCAGUCAUCUGUCAGAGAAAGUUUGCAGCUUGUUGUUAGAUGUUCACCACGACUAGAUCAUCGAGUUCCAUUCAAGGACAGAUUUGUUACAGCUGUGGGUGGCGAUGUAACACUCACAAUAUCCGUGAUUGCAAAUCCUACACCCACAUUUACCUGGUAUAGACCGAGUGAUGGGAAGAAAAUGAUUCUUACAUUUGGAAGUUCAAGUACAACUGAUGUAUCUGCUGCUGUUGGAAAUCUCACACUAACAAAUGUUCAACAGGGAGAUUUUGGAAUCUAUGUAGUUGUUGUGUCUAAUGGAUCUCCACAACCAGAUUUGGUGGUGAACAUUACACUUGUUGAAGAAGGUCCUCCAAGUAUUCCUUCCAACGUUAUUGUAUGGAGUGACGUUCCAUCUACAUUCUCUGUGGCUUGGACGGAGGAAUUCAAUGGAGGAUUACCUCAGACAUUCCUAAUACAGUAUCAAGCAGACGAAAUGUUAGAAUGGAAAAACACCACCAAAAUAUUCAAAGAAACAGGUUUGAAGAAAAACCAUGGAGCUUCGAUAUCAAAUCUUCAGCCAAGGACGAGAUAUCUUGUGCGAGUUUUGGCUUAUAACAGAGAAGGAUACAAAGGAUUUACACCCGAGCAGGAGGUUCUAACAGACGCAAAUACAACUGAGAAAGACAAUUUACUUGGAACAGGCAUUGGUAUUGGGAUAGGAAUAACGGUGGCGAUAUGUCUUUGUAUUGGUGGAAUCGUAUUCACUUACUGGUGGAUGAGAAAAGCUAAAGCCAAACCGGAACACACAUACGCCAAAAGGCAGCCUAAUACAGGAGUACAAGAGACUGCUCUCUAUGAAGACCUUGAACAAACUCGAGGUGACGGAUCGAGUACUCAGGCCAAUGUAUCCAGUAAUUAUUCGUCACUGGAAGCCAGGAGAGACGCACCAUACGAUGUGCUCAGAGUUUAUGACAAUACAUCUGAGGUCAAAGAAUGACCGUCAUACAGUUUGAAGAUGUAACACAUACUAGAACUGACCUGACGCUUGCCUCUGUAACCAUCAUCAUCAUCGUCACCAUCGUCGGCAUCAUCACCACCAUCACCAUCAUCACCAUCAUUAUCCUCACCAUCACCAUCAUCACCACGACCAUCAUCAUCACCAUCACCAUCACCAUCACCAUCAGCAGCACCAUCAGACGCAGCAGCAUUUAACAGACAUGCAUGCUUGUGAUGAAGCUCCCAUUAUAAAGACAUUGUAUAAAAUAUUUGACUUCAUCAUCACCAUCAUCAUCACCAUCACCAUCACCAUCACCAUCACCAUCAUCACCAUCACCAUCACCAUCAUCACCAGCACCAUCAGCAUCAUCAGCAUCAUCAGCAUCAGCAUCAUCACCAUCAUCAGCAUCAGCAGCAUCAUUUAACAUACAUGAAUGCUUGUGUUGAAGCUCCCAUUAUAAAGACAUUGUAUAAAAUAUUUAACUUCAUCAUCACUAUCGUCAUCAUCAACGCCAUCAUCAUCAUCGUCAUCGUCAUCAUCAUCAACACCAUUAUUAUUUAGCGCUGUUAUGCUCUUGUUGAACUCGGCGCCAUGUUAAUUUUGUACAGCCUGCUCGAAUUCUCAAAGAGUAGCAAGAACCGACUUCUCACAUCGCCAGUGAUUUAUAAUGUACUUGAGGAAAACCCCACGCAUUGUGUAGGCCUACUGACGGGAUUCAAACCUACUGGACUGGUUUGUGUGACAUUAGACAGCCAGUGAUUUGUAAUGUACUUGAGGAAAACCCCACGCAUUGUGUAGGCCUACUGACGGGAUUCAAACCUACUGGACUGGUUUGUGUGACAUUAAAGAGCCAAUGAUUUUAACCUUGUUAUUAAUUAUGUGUUACACACACAUUUACACCAAUCACUGAGGAAAACGUAUAAAUCACAAUGGCAGCUGGCUUCACUGAUGCAUUCAGUUCAUUGUCCAGCCAGUGCACCACGACUGGUACAUCAAAGUCCGUGGUAUGUGCUAUCCUGUCUAUGGGAUGGUACAUAUAAAAUAUGCCUUGCUGCCAAUCGAAACGAGUAGCCCAUGAAGUGGCGGC